AUGGCUGUGUGCAAGAGCCGGAGUUUCAUGGCGUUCCCCUCGACGCAUUCCCAACAGCCGUCGAAGGGCUGCCACGGGUCACAUUACCCUGUACAACCGCAGCAAGAAACUCAGCCGGAUAGACCUAUCGGUUAUGGAGCGUUUGGCGUAGUGUGGUGAGUUUCGAGGUUUAAAUUUCUUUUGUGCUACUUUUUUGAGCUUUCUUUUGACAAUAUUUUCAUGUACAAUGCACAGGUCUGUGACAGAUCCGCGAAAUGGAAAGAGGGUCGCUCUGAAGAAGAUGCCCAACGUUUUUCAGAGUCUUACGUCUUCGAAGAGGGCUUACAGGGAGCUUAAGAUGUUGUGUUUCUUCAAACAUAAUAACGUGAGUCAUGUUUUUCAUUUUUCUUGGCUUAGUAGGCCCCAUUAUUCUUAUGCCGGGUUGGCGAGCGUAAUUAUUCAAAGCGCACCGGUGGCGUUCUUCGGUGUUGUUAGUUUCGUUCAAGUGAAGUUUUGGCUGUCCCUUGAUAUGAACUGAUUAUUAUUUUUCUAUCGUAGGUACUUUCUGCUUUGGACAUUGUUCAUCCCGGCCAUGUAGACUUCUUUCAAGAAAUGUAUCCUUUGUGUCAAAGCAGAUCGAAAGUAAGGUGUAUUUAUCUUUGUAGCGUGACAAAAAUAAAAAUUUACAACAAGCAAUUUGAGGCAGAGUUUUUGUUAAGGAGGGGCUAUUUAUAUUCCUCCUGUCGCUUAAAUUUGCUGUUUCACGAAGUUUCCAUGGAAGGAAGUUGCGUCCUGUAGGACACUUUAAAACAGGAAUCAAACCCAAAACCUUGAACUUCGCUCUAAAUAUUAAAACCUCCUCCACGAAUUAAUAUCAGUCAGUCAAGAAAUAAAUUAAAGAAAGGUUUUGGCCUCCUAGAGGGUGUUUUACGUGUACAAUGAAAAGACGAAUACUUGUGGUUUUGGGUAUGGCAUAAAUUUUGAACUUUUCCAAGCUGUGGGGUUUUGAAUAGAGCUUUCUGAUCGGGCUUGUUUCAACUCCCACCUGUUGCUCAGCAAUAUGCGCUUUGUGUUUGCCGACGCUUACAUUUCAGUGCCAAUUAUUAUCUCUUGGCUAUAAUUUCGUUCGAGACAAAUUCAAAUUAACUGAUUCUCUUGAACAAGCGACUUGUUUGAUUCUUCAAAAAUAUUUCUUACACUGUAAGUCGAUAAUAGCGGAAACUAGUUUAGUCGCUUCGUCGGAAGGUUCGGCUUUCUUUUCUGUGUAAUGUCAAGUUCCGGUCCGAAAUAACAGAUCUGUAUUUUGAGCGUAUUAUGGCAAAAGGCAAUUGCCAUUAUGCCAUAUCCUGCCUUCGCAUGUUGGAAACGAAAAGGCUCGAUACAUCAGGACUUAUUUUACAUAUUGGAUUUCACUUGUCAUCCCUAUUUCUUAAUCCUGUGAAAAUCAGAGUUAUUUUAAGCCCGACACUAUGUUCAAACGAAUUACAAGAAAAUUUAUCCAUCUUUCUUAGCAGAAUACAAAUUUAAAUCCCUUUAAUGUCAGAAGAUGUUGCUCUAUAUAUGGAUUUUAACGUUUUGAGUAUGACGAUCAAUUCCUAAAUACUUUGUUAUUAAAUUAUGGGACAAUACUUUCACUUGAUAUGGUAUUAUCAAUUUUUUUCAAAAAUGAUUUUUUUUCAGUUUUCAUCCUCGUAAGAGUGAAAGAUAACUUGUGUUUGUCAGGAGAAAUGUUAAAGCUGUAUUUGAAACAGGCGUCACUAAAAGGGUAUUGCAAAAUGUCUUAAGUAAAUUCCUUCAUCAAAAAUACACGGCUAAAGCGAUUUUACAUCUGUAAAAUGAAAGCAAUGAGACUGGACUUCCUGGAUAUUAUAUUUAACAAAAUAUUUUACAAAAAAUUUAAAACCAGUCUUGUUAUCACUUCGAAUGGAAUAAAAGAUAACUUCCAGCUACGAGGGUAGCUGUCAAUAUUGCCAUGGCAACAAUUGUGUUUAAAAAUCUUUUCUCUUUUUUAGAACAAAGGCUAUUUUUCCUUUGUGCUCCUUAAAAUUCAUUGGCAAAAAAGUAUUUGGAUCAGCCAAAGAAAUCAGAGUUAAAAUAAAAUUUAUUUAUUUUGUUCUAAUAAAGAGUAUGAAUUUAAUUUUUCACAUUAACCGUUUUAACUCUGGCUGUGUAGGGCACUAUUUGAAAAAAAACAUUAGUUUUAUUGUAAGAGCCCACCUUUUUAAAGUUUGCACUUGACUACACAUAUUAAGAGGUGAGCACAUGUAACUGACUGCUUUGUUGCUGGCAUGAAAAAAUUCGUGUUGCUGAGAGUAUAGUUACUUGGUGCUAAUGAUACUGUGGGUUUAUCAACAAUAAUGCUAUUGUCAUUGUUAAAUCUUUGAGUCCUGUUUUGGGAGAGAAAACAGUUUUUAAAAACUUGAAUAAAGCAGUACUUGUUCCUGCUGGGUAUGUGGUAAUUUGCAUUCUCAAAAAUUUAAGCUUGGCAAGUUACUCUCAGCUUUUCUUGGGAUUGUAUAGUUUCUUUUUCUGAUUCUUAAUCAUGGUUGUCUCACUGAGAUCCCUGGAAAAAUAUGAUUAUUAAAAACAAAGUUUUUCAUAAUUUAAUUUUCUCUCAAAAAUUUAGUUUAUGUCUUCUUGGGACAGUAUGUUGUCAGCCAAAAAAGUUUGUGUUUUUAUGAACAUGUAACUUUGCAGAGAAAAUCUCACAAUAUUGAAGUCUCUUUCCACGAUCAAAAUGUGGAACCAGUUGUGUUUAGGGUGAUAUUGUAAAUGGACGCUACUGAGUUAGAGAUAGAACCUGAAACUAAACGGGUAGUAAUUAAGGAAAGUUGGGGUGGCUGUUUGAGGAUCUUGGAGACAGCAAACUUUAAACUUGAACAUUCUAAUUCUCUGAAAUUAUACCAAGAAUGAUUUUAUAUCUAACCUUAUGUGCGUGAAUAUCACAGGAAAUCAUUUUCUACCUGAAAUCUGGCAGGCUGUGCAAAACCACCUGUUGGCCGUUCAUAAGCUGAAUGUAUACAGUGAUGAUAAAUGUUUGAUGUUUAACUCUCAGGAUUCAGCCCUUCCAGUUCAGCAAAAAAUGUUACUUGGUUUAGAAACUUUUAAUUUGACAAUGAUUACUAAUACUUGGAAUGUUUACGAAACUUUGGAUGCUAAAGGAAGAGAAAUAAUUUUACAUGUGGCAUUAGUGUCAUAUAUGGAUUAUGAGGUGUAAAGUUUGAUGCUAAUUAGGCUAGUAUAAGUUUAUAAAUUUAUGCAGACAAGAAGCCACCAAAUUCACAAUGAAAAUUAUCAAACUCAUCACAUCUUCUUUGUUUAGUUUUCAAGGAAAUUUUAAUGACUGUUUCAGAAUAUACUUAGUAGUCUUACGACUGGAAUUUUCAAUAUUAUUUUAAAGGUAAAUUUAUAAACUAUUGUUUCUAACUAUACAUUAUUAUAUCAUUAAGAUCCUUUCAUUCAAUUUUCAUUAUAUGCCCAGUCCUCAAAUAAUGUAAUUUAUUACUCCUAAUCCCAUAACAAAUUUUAUAUGUUUGAAUUGCACAUGGUUUUUUCACCUUAACCUUCUAAACAGAUAUAUAGUUUCAGAAUUAAUGCAGUCUGACCUGCACAAAAUUAUUGUGUCCCCUCAACCUCUUAGUUCAGAUCAUGUUAAGGUUUUUCUGUACCAAAUUUUAAGAGGUAAGUCUUCUGUGUGUUUCACCAUGUUUCUGUGUAUAUCACCAUGAAGGGUGCAAUAGAAACAGUAAGCCUCUGAACCCUAAAGGUGAUGAGGAAGUUAUUUCUCAUUUUGAUAUCAUUGCUUAACUUGACUUAAUGGUUAUGAGAAUAUAACAUUGAGUGACAAUGAGGCUACAGGAGCAAUAUUGGUGCACCAAAAACAAAAUGGUGGCCACAUUUUUUAUUGGUGUGCCAAUUAAACAUCCUAUGGGGAUUGAACUCUUUUCUCCAGUAAAUCUUUCUUCCAUUGUUUCAAGAGAUUUGGAUAGCUGCUGAUCAAAUGAAUGAAAAAGACAUGUAAGGGUAGAUUUCCACUGUCGCAUAAGUUUUAUGUCCACAUUGACAUAAAUCCUCCAUACAUAAAUAAAAUACAGUCCAGUGAGAUUAACUUUUAUGUUUAAGUAUGACACAUACAGUGUCUCUAUUUUAAUCAUGCAGGUAAAAUUUGCAUCCUGUGACAUUUAAAAAUUAUGCAACACAGUGCAGCAUGCAAAGAAAGUAGGAGUGUCCGAUAGCCCGGGGCUAGUGGAUUUUGCUAUCGGGCUAGUGAGUUCUGUUAUUAACUUGCCCGACAGGCAAGUGAAGGUUUUUGAGGAAUUCAAAUUACAGAAGUACUGUCAAAUCAAUCUUCUCAUCAAAACAUUUUUGGGGCUAGUUGAAAUGAUUUUUGGGCUAGUAAAUGUUAGCUUCAGCUUGCCCAAAUGGCAAGCUGUAAAAAUGACUUUCUUUGCACCCUGACAGUGGAAUUCUACCUAGAAGAAAAUGUCAUCAACAAAGUCUGGGUGUUUUAAAAAAAUUCUGUCCAUACCAAAAGAAUUGUACGAAGGAGAGUGUAGAGAAAUUGUAUUUUAGUAUCAGUGCCUGAAGGGUUUACACAGAGUCCUACACAGUGCUGUCAACAUCUGGGAGACUCCAGAUUUUGGACUGUAUCUCCCGGUCUCCAGAUUAGAGUAUGAAAUCUUCCCGAUAAUCGCUGCCAAUGCUUCAGUAAGCUUGAUUUUUGGCAAUAGAAUUUCAACUUUUUUGCGUUGUUUGAUUUUAAUGUUAACACUGAAAAGUCUCCUCAUAAACUCAGGUAUUCCAUUGUAGUAUAAUAAUUUUGUUGGAUGGGUGGGAAGUAAACCAAUUAGCCGGUCAAAUUUUACAAUACCAAUGACAUCUUUUUUGCCCUUAUCUGUCAUCGCAAAUUUGUGAUGAUCGAAAUCAAAGAGUAUUUUUUGCCCAAAUGAUCUCAUGUGCUGUGCAUUAUGAUGUCAUCUAUCAUCCCUUCCCUAUCAAUUCUUCAAUAUUUGAAGACGUGUGGAGUUGACAGCCCUGGUCCAUCAGGUCUUAUACGUAUAACAGUGAAUGUGAACUGACUUGUCACACCAUGCCAAUGUUAUAAAUUCCUAUUUUUGUUAUUAUUCAGGACUCAAGUAUCUUCACUCUGCUGGUAUUUUACAUAGAGACAUUAAACCUGGCAAUUUAUUAGUCAACAGUAACUGUCUUUUAAAAGUGAGUACGAGAGAGUAUCGUGUUUUUUUUAAAAAAACAGGGUUCUCAUUAAGCUUAAAGGAGACAGCUAGAAUAUUAUAGUAGCUGGCUUGGAAGUUCACUGAAAGCAAUUUGAGACUCUCGCUCUCAUCUAACCCAUUUUUUCCCAAAUAAUUAAGCUGGCUCAAAAUUUGAAGUUGCCAUUGAAUUAGCUGGUUGCUGGCACUUAAUGAUAACCCUGAAAGGAUUUCUAGAAGUUUUAUGUGGUCAUCAUGUGGAUAUGACCAGUUGAAGGAUGUGUUUACUUAAUAUCAGGGGUUUCAAUAAAAAUUGAAGUAGCCAGCAGGUUUGGAUAGAGUAACUGACUGUAUCAACUUUGAAGGGGGAAGGGGGUUCUGGCGGCAUACUUCCCAAGAAGAAUUUGAAAUUUCAAAGCCCUAAAAUAUACCUCCAGCUUUCUGGGGACUAAAUUGAGGACAAAAGAGCAGCUUUCUUUUUUUCAUUCAACAAAAUGUAGCUUUCAUUCGACUUGCGAUUUGUCAGCCACACAAUAUAAUCAAUUCCUACAACCAAUGAACAAAUGAUGAAAACUAAAUUAGCUACUCUGCUUGUAAAAAAAAUUCUGGGUAAACCUUUAAGAAACUUGUGAAAAAUUGACUGAAAUAUAUCGUCUACAUGACGAAAGCAUAACCUAAAACCAGUGGGCCCUUAUGAAACGCAUCAUAAUUACAUUUUCAUUCAGAUUUAAUUUUAUGAUAUGUGUUUUGUUUACGACGUUAUUUAAACUAGUUGCUUCUUCUUUCUAAAAAUAAAGCAGCCGACUUCUGUGAGCAAAGUAGCAAAUGCAUUCCGUUGGCCAUCGGUGCUUUCUCAGUAAUUUUGUUACCUUUGUGUUCUGCGUCCCACAGGACGUAAAGAUUGAUAUGGCGAUCUGAAGAUGUUUUUGUAGAAUAUCCUGUUUGUGCGAUUUUUGUGGCUGUUCUUGUUCUCGCAUAUUUCUUUUAGUCUUUGUUCGGUCUGUUGAUAAUAUAAGGAAUAUAUUUUAAUUUCAGUAAACUGUAAUUCAGAGUUUUGGAGUCUGUCUUUAGAUUAACUGUGUGGUUACAUUAAGACCCAGGGACUUGUGUUUUUGAACUGGGAUUCAUAAUUUUUCACAAGAUGAGUCCCAGGACUCACCAUAACUAUUUGUAAUAAAAUCACUGCUUACUGAAACCCCUGCAAUGUGAUUGUGUGAGUGAGUGACCAGCUCCUAAUCCGGAAAAUGCUAUACUAACAUCACAGAGCCUUGCCAGAGGGGGUCUCUUUUAUUAAAAACAUGUACAUCCAGGAUUAUAACAGCAACUGAUUUUGUCAAGGCAUCCAUGAAACCAUUUAUACAGGUCCUAGUCUUAGUCUCAUCCACACUAGAAGUAGUUAUUCUCUCUGUAAAACUUAGGACAACCUUAUUAAGUAACAUUUUGGACAUGAUCUGUGACCUCAAGCUCCAUUCCUGAUUGGAAGCUCACUACAACAAGAUUUGAAAAAUAGUUAUGAUUUCCUGCACAAUAUUUUUAAUACCUUGUUUCUUAAUCUAAUAUAUUAUUCGAACAAUAAUCACAAUAACUUAGUUUACUGUAAUAAUACAUAAUUUUUAUCAUCUAACAAAGGGAAUUUUUGUUUUCUUUUUCUCAGAUUUGUGAUUUUGGUCUUGCACGUUUAGAAGAACCUCACGAGAGUGCAGUAAUGACACAGGAGGUAAAUGGAACACAUUUGCAGUUAAAAUUUUGAUGCAAAAUUGAGUUCAGAACAUAUUCCAAGUCCCCAGCUGUUAAUGACAACCCUGAUUUUUGUGAAUUUUUUGGGUUGAAAUUUUUUAUUUUUCAGUUUUCUUCUGUGCAUGUUCUAACAGUCUCAUUGCAUCGAUGGUCUGCUUUUUACAGGUUGUUACUCAGUAUUACAGAGCUCCAGAACUUCUCGCUGGAGCAACACAUUAUGGCCAAGAAGGUAUGUUCAACAGAACGGAUGAGGUUGUGCCAACUUUAGACAGUGCGUAUUUAGCUUAUAAAGGAGUCCUCUAUCGUUUUACUGAUAUUAGAGCUUUGUCCUGUAUGCUCCUUUACAGCACCCAAAGCCAAAAAUCAAGAAGUGCCUAAAUAAUGUUGUCAUGUUUUUUUCAAUUUUUUUUUUCCUGUUGUUUAAGUACAUGUCUUUGCUAUGCCACAAGUAAGAAAAUCUUUGUCCUUGCACAGCAUCUUCAUCGGGCACCAUGGAUUUCAUAGGUUGAGAGACAUGUGCUAUACAUGUAGUUAUGCAUUCUUAGAUAACAUUCCUGUAGCCAUGUUUUUGUCCCUCCUUCAAGGAUUUCCCAAUCUUUUGAAGAGAAAACAAAGAAUUUAUUAAGAUGUAAUGAUGGUUGUAGUACCUAACCCUAAUGAACUUAAAUUAAUUAUCAGCACCCUGCUUUAAACUGCCCCCUAAUUUAAUUUCCUUUUUUAGUGGAUGUAUGGUCAGUGGGAUGUAUCUUUGCCGAGCUCAUGAGUAGAAAGAUCCUUUUCCAAGCUGAGAGUCCAGUUCAGCAGGUAAGUAAUAGUUAUUAAUAUAUGAAGUGCUCAACUUUAACCUUCAGAAACUGUACAAUGUAGUGCCCCUCCUAAUAUUUACUUACUGUUUAUUCUUUCCUUUGUUGUAACAGUCUUUCAUUUGAUUAGCAACUUUGUAAGAUGUAAAUCCCUCCCAAAAUGCUACCUGUCUUUCGUGAAAAUAUUUUUAUGACAAUUUUCAUAUGGCAAUCAAUGAAUCUUUUCUUAUUGCAUAUCUCCUGAUUUAUUUGCAGCUUAACCUCAUUAUUGAUCUGUUGGGAACACCUAGUCUUGAUGAUCUUUGCCGUGCCGGUGCCAGUGAGGGAGCUACCAAGUAUAUUCUUCAGAAGGGACAUAAAGCAGUAAGUUUACUAAACCCGAAUGUAUCUGAUUGUGUCUUCCCUUUUAUUUCCAACCAAAAGUUGCGGAAAAUAACUGCACCAUUUAUUUUCUAACCACAGAAGAAUGGUUUUGGCUAUGAGCUUCAUUGGCACUCACAGGAUUACUCCUUGCCGCAUAACAAGUUACUCAUGCCCUCCCAUAAGUACCCUGAUCGAAACUCAGUUCUAGAGCAUCUAGAUUUGAAAUCAAAAGGUCUAUAGGUUUAACAUCUGUUGGAAGUACUCAGGCUUUUCCUUCUGGGCAGCCUGUAUGAUCUUUUCUCAUAUAUUCACCAGAAUUAAAAUGCACCACCACUGUUUCUAUCAUUGCACAUACAGUGUGUAAGCACAUAUCAACAUUCCUCUCCUAGCAGCAUGCAGUAUGGCUGUCACAUGAACCUAGUUUAGUGGCCCUAGCUCUCACAAGUCUCCUCUCGCUUAGUGAUAGAGCAUCGAUAACAAACCAAAAGGUCAUAGUUUCAACACCUGUAUGGAGAAGUGAAAUUGGACACCUGUGACAUUAAUCAAAGACAAUUCAGUUUUAGUAAUAAAUUCCCAACGCCAGAAACUAUAAGGGGGAAUAGGUACAAGCUUUCGGUGCAACAAUUUCUUUUAUUAUCAGUUGGUUGGACAAGCAUUAGUUAUAAUAAAGGCUACAAGUCCUUAGCUUCUACCGUGGGGCGGUUUGCAAGAUUUCGAUCAACUCUCGGGGCUUAGAAGGAGUGUGAAUGAUCAGUAACAUUUAGUUUAUUGGCUAAGUUGUGUUGUAAUCAGAAUGAUAUGCUUGACUACAGGUUGAGGGCGGUUCUAUAAUUAAAAGGUCAUUGUAUGCAAAUUCCCUUCAAGUUGGUAACAAAUCUUUACAAAGCUUCAAGAGUGAAAUUUCUCAGGAUAGAAAUUCCUUACGAUUGUGUUGUUAUUGAAGGAUAUUGAACUAGGACUAAAAAGUCCUAUAGAAAGCUUUCCUUCUAUUAAGCUGCAAUCGGUAGCUGCUUAAGAAUAUGCUUUUUUGAGUCAAAAGACCGCAUAGUUCCAAGUACGGAACCAAGCUUUAACCAGUCAUAAGAAAUGCUUGUCCACCCAAACAAUCCCAGAAAUCAUUGUGGUGAGAGCUUGUACCCACUCCCCUCAGAGUUUGUGGAGUGGGGAAUUGUAAUAUGUGUCUGUUUUUUUUUUUUGUCCUAUAUAUAUCUUAAUUUGCUUGUUUUGUCUUGCAGCCUGCUCUUGCCACUCUGUACAACCUUUCCAAUCAAGCCACCCAUGAAGCUGUCCAUCUGCUCUGUAGGAUGCUUGUUUUUGAUCCUGUAAGUCUCAGAACAUUCAAAAAAUAUUUUUUGCAUGCAGAGGUACACAAAUGUACAUCUCACACGCCUGACAGUACUGCAUGUUGCAUGUAAAACUGUAGGUGUUACUUAAAAAUCUCUCUUGGCUUAAUUGUUGGGUCGUGACAUUUUUGUGUGUGUUUAAAUGUUUCUUUUAAUACUAUUUAUAAUUAGUCAGAAGAAGUUAAAAAUAUUCUGUUUUAUCUUCAUUGUAGAAAAAGAGAAUAUCUUGUACAGAUGCUUUGUCACACCCUUACCUUGAUGAAGGAAGAUUAAGAUUUCACACUUGCAUGUGCAAGUGUUGUCAUACCACACCUGCUGGCAGACAAUACGUCUCUGGUAAGUUUGACUGAUAGUAACAAUUUGAUGGUUACAGUGUAGUAUAGAGUCAAGAAAAGUGACAUCACAAAAAUUCAAAUUUGUUGAAUAAUGAGAUUUGUUAGCAUAUUCAGAACUUAAGAGCAAGAUGGAAAAACCCCCUUGCCAAAAAUCAUUCUGUUAGUGUAAAUUGGUGGGGAGAUUGGAUUGUAACGUUUACGGUCCAGGCCUGUUUUAGAAGGAUUUAUAUGGAGUCACCAGAGCAUGACGGUACUUAUAUCUCCCCACCAAUUUGCACUAAGAGGCAAAUUUUUAGCAAGUGGAUGUUUUCUUCUUGUUCAAUCUGGAUAUGUUAACCAACCCCAUAAUUUCUUAAAUGUAGUUUUUGUGAUUUCAUCACUUGUUUUCUUUUUCAUGCUUGCAGUUUGCAUAAGUACCUAUUCACUUGCUCGUGGGCUCUUUUUUACUGAAAUAAAAUUCUUUUAAAACAAGUUGCUAAAUAAUACAUCCUUUCAUACAGAUUUUGAGCCGAUUUGUCCAUCAAAAUUUGAUGACAGCUAUGAAACAAAUCUUUAUAUGGUAUCUCACGUAAAAGGUUUGUAAAAAUAUUUUUUGUGACUUUUGUCUUUUUUGCUUCUAAAUUUGUUAAAAGAAGAUUGUUAAAUUGGCCUUUGUUUCUCUUUCUUAUUACAGAAUCACUUUACAAGUUUAUAACAAGUCGUCAUCAUAAUUCAGUUCCUUUAUGCAUCAAUGUAGCUUCUCCUUCUUUUAAAAGCUUUCAAAGGUGAGCUUAGAAAACAAUUUAAUGUUCUCAAACAAGAUCCAACAAAAUUAAUUGGGUCUAUCAACUCAUUUGAUAGAGUCAAAUUACCACCAUAAACAGAUUGAAAAGCUGUUGCCUUGAGUUUUAGCCGUUAGUCGUUUACCUAAUGAUGGUGGCCAUUUGACCCAAUCAACUGAGUUGGCAGGGUUAGCUCAGUUGGCAGAGCGUUUGACUUCGAAAUGGGGGUUCGCGGGUUCAAUUCCUGGGGCGGGACCAGUACUCAGAGUCUUAAAAUAACUGAGAAAUGAAGGUACUUCCUUUGCCCUACAAACAGGUAGACCUUCGUGUGGCUCUGAUGACCACGUAUAAUGGGGGUCCCUUCUCCAGUAGGAGACGUAAAAAUAGUGUUGCCAAUUAGUACUUUCAUGCUAAAUGUAUUGACACUCAAAUAAAGUGCAUUUUUUAUCGUAUUUCAUUUAUUUAUUUUUUUUUGGUAGAACUAACUUUAAGAAAUACAUGUACUUAGACCCCCAGAGUUUCGUAUCCACAUUCAGAGUAUCCUGUGUUUAAAGUAUUGUUAUUUGUAUAAAGUAUAGUUUUUUGUUUACAAAUGCAAAUUAAGUCGUAUUUCUUUAUUUAGCUGACAUGUUCAUAAAUACACUUAAAGCUAACUUUAAUAGUUUUUUUCCAGUGUGGUUUCAAAUACAGAAAGAAUUUAUAACUCCUUCCACAACAGCUGAACAAAUGCCUACAUUAGUUUUAUGUGUUUGCAAGAAAAUGUGAUAGCCAUUCGGUCAUUUGAGCGCCAAAAUUGUAAUCGUUGGCAGCAGUAAAUUAGUUAAAAACCAUCAUUUUUGUGCUCAAUUAUCUCACUGUUUCAGUAUAUACUAACAUACUGCUGCUCAGUAAAUAUCCACCACUAGCCACCUCCACUUCAGUGAAUAUUAUUGUUAUUUAUUCAUUUGAAAAUGCAUGUUAUUUAGAUGGCCUUAAGUCAAUUUGGGGGAUGUGUGUGUAUCUAUAAUAAUGAUAAUAACAAUUUUUGAUAAAGUUCUGUUGUUUUGUUUUUAGUUCUGGUGUUGCUCCUCAGCCAGAUCAGCACAGCUCCCCACAGUUGUGGUAACAUUUAUCAUCAGUGUUUAGUAGUCUUGUUCAAUGCAUCAGUCAAUUCAUACUUAGCCCACCCCUUCCUAGUAUAUCCCAGGCAUUUUCUUGCUCCCUUAAUCCUCAAAUCAUAAGUUAAUGUAAGAUAAAGUAAUUUUAAGAUGAAUAAAAUAUAUUUGAAGAAUGGGUACUUUAGGUUCACCAAAAAAUGCUUUUUUUUUUCAAGAACAUUGUUGCACGCAACAAAGGAAAUAGGAGACGUCUGCACGCAGGCAAACGUUUGCCAAAUUUUUAUAGGAUACUUGCAUAAAAAAUUAUAUUUAUUGAUUUGUUUUUUCAUGCCGGGGAUGACCUUUUUGGGAAGAGGGGAUUGCCAAAGCUAGAAAUGAGUGAUGCAGUAGUAGACUUCAGCAUUUUGAGCUGGUGAUUUAGGAGUAGCUAUCUUGAUUUAAAGUAGAUGUCUACUUGUUUCAAAAUAGACCUUUAAGUUAGGAACCAAUUUAACAAAUUUUUGUUUUGUCUUCAAAAAUUGAUCAGGUUGUAGUUUUUUAUCAUUAUCAAAAAUGUGCUACAAUGUUAUGUUUUUCCGUCAGUGGUGUAAACAUCAACAACACUUUGUGUGAUGUGAAUUGGAAUUUCUUAAAACAAAGUUGUCUAGCAUCAUGCUAUUCAAUCUAUUUUACUUGUCAUUAACACCAUGUUGUGGUGUGCUCUUGUAGCUUGUAGCUUGAAAUGGUAACAGAUUCAUUUAUUUGUCCCCUUUACUUUGUAAACAAGAAAAAAAGUUGUUGAGUUUUAUCAAACUGUUUUCCUUUGCAAUAUUAAUCGAGUAGUUAUUUUCUCUGACUUAAAUGCUUUUUAACUAAGUAGUGGUCAGUAUUGCUGUACCUCUUUCAUGCAAAGUGUUGUUUGUGUUGCUAAACUGAAAACUAAAUAUUUUGCUUUAUUGCUGUAAAGAAUUUGCUGUACAAUAUUAUUGAUGUAAAUAGUUGUCAGAAUUUUUUUUUGCUUCAGAACCAAAGAAUGUUCUUUGACCACUCUUUUUUCCUUUUCUGGGUUGGGGAUUUUCAUUUUCUUUUGAAAAUGUGAGGCCAUUGUAAUUUGUAUUUAGUUUAUUUCUGACCAGGAAUAUUAAAUUUGCAUAUAGGCUGUGCAAAUUAAAAAUAACAAAUUGAAGUCGCUUUUUAAGGCAUGACAAGUGUCUUGAAAGAGUGAGAUGUAGUAGAAAAUCUUGGGUCUCAGAGACUAUUAAGCCAAUCUCUUGGUGAUUAUGGUCAUGAAGUCUCGUUUUUGCUACAAGUUUUUGGCGAGCAUAGUUUUUUUACUUGCCUGUUGACUGAUGUCAUAGCAAAUUAAGUUUUUAACUUGUUUUCUGAUGCCAAAACACUGCUGUUUCCUGUCUUUUAAAGUCCUCGCAGCCUCGACGACAAUACAAUGGGCAAUUGCUUAAGGACGUUUGAUUUUUUUACUUGUGUUAUGCGAAUAUUCAGUACCUCAGCUUUUAAGUAUAGUAAUGGCUUCCAUGCCAACUAUUUAAAUGCAGUUACUCUUGUGUGUUUGUUCUUUGGAAGGCUUUUAAAAGAAUCUAAAUCUUUGUGGCAUCAUUCUGUUCAUUUUUUUCUCCUUGCUUCAUGCCAUUCCCAAUGUUAUUGUCGUCGUUAUUGCCUGGUAACUUUUGCACUUGAAAUUCAUGUGACGAAAUCACUGUUGCAAAAACCUUACUUGUAACUUUAGUUUGUGGCUUUUACAGUUUAGGAUCUUCUUCUUAGUGUCUUCAAUGGUUUUAAGGGCCUUAUGGGUCAAAGAGUACAGAGAGGCCAAAGUAAGUUAGUAUGUCAUCAUGUCAUCUUAAGUAUCGCUCAUAAAACCCCAAUAUUUAAGAACUCUAGAUGAUUACCACAUUGCUUUUUUGGUAACUAUUGAAAUAAUGGGUUUUUAUGCAAACUAUUUCAGAGCUUUUACUAUUUUAAUACCUUUGUCCGAAGACAUCUUUUGUCCAUAAAAUACCAUGUAGUGGACUCAUAAUUUCUUGCUGCUUUUUGACAGUUUCUUGGUGUUACAGAUGACCUCAGUGGUGUGAUUCCCAAAAUAAUGUCACACAUAAGCCCGAACGGUACUUGCACUAUAACAUCGUCAAUCAUGAACCAACAUUAGUUUCAGUAACACCAUGAAACAUUCAUACUUUUGUACUGACAUCACUUGUGGAAAUGUCUCAAAUUAAGGAGAAUUCUCAUAGCGCUAUGCUGGUAAUAAUAAAGGAAAAGUAAAAAAUCGUUGAUUACUUUUUCUUAAGUCCAUACAAUUUUCUUACUGCCUCUUAAGGUUCUAUAAAUUAUUUGUUUUUCUUUUCAAGAUGGAUGUCAUUUUAGGGAAUUAAAAUAAUUAGGGCUUAUGAAAAAAUUCUAUAACAUUUUGACGUCCAUAGCUUUUUCCUUUCUUUUUCUAUUCUGUGCUUUAAUUUUAGUGGCAUGCCCUCAAGUAUUGAAAAUACCAAAUGUGUCAGGCGUCUCUAGAUUCUAGAUUCAAACAAUUUAACCUUUUAAACUCGCUUAUCUAUUCUCUCUCUUUUCAAGAGUUGUCGCAUGGUUACUUAUGCCUGUAAUGAGAAUAAAAUGCCUUAUUAUGUAACAAUGCAACUUUGAUUCUCCACUGGCAUGUUUACUACUGGUCCUAGCAAAAUAACUCUCUCUUGUGCCGACACGUAAGGAAAGCUACCCGGUAUUUUGUCGUCAUGCCUAAGUCGAAGUUUAAAGACUUGUGUUUUUGUUUGUUUGGCGCAUCAAGGCUGCAUUGUUUACCCGACUUCUCUCAACAGAUCUUAAGAUAUUUGGUUCUACAUGUAGUUAAAUAACAGAAAAGGCCAAUAUUAUUUUUUCGGAGUUUUAAAGGUAUU